AUGAAGACUUAAUUUGAUAAAAGUAGAAUCAUAAAUGUCUACUCUCCUAAUCUUCCUCCUUUUAAAUUGACACUAACUUUUAAAACUACUUUUAAUGAUGUUCGCAACCAAAUUAUUUAAGGUUGGAGUGUCAUCCCUAAGCGAAUCAGAAUCUUUAAUUAAAAUGGUCAUGAAUUGAUAGAGCAAGAUUUACAAUUUGUUUUAGAUGGAAAUAAAUUAUAUAUCACUCUCUUCGGUUAGGACUUAGAUGUCAGCAUUAUAUUUUAAGAGUACGAGAUUGUAUCUGAAAUUGGUAAGGGAGGUUAAGGAACUGUUAUAUUAGCAAGACAGAAGUUUAUUGGAUCCUUUGUUGCUAUUAAAAUAACAAGAGAUAUUGAAGAAGAAGACUUAAUUAUAAAAAGAGAAUGUAAAAUCUUGAAAGAAUUAUUACAUCGUAAUAUUGUGAAAGUAUUUUAAAAUCUCUAUUUUUCAAAAACAAAAGAGUGUAUUUUAAUUAUGGAAUAUUUAGAAGGUGGAUCUCUCUUAUAGUUAAUACGAAGUAACACUCUAUUUUUAUUUUAUAGAUAAGGGAACCAUACCUGAAUAAGAAGUAAAGAACUAUAUCAAAUAAAUAGUAGAGGCUUUGCUUUUUUGUCAUUCAAAAACAUAUGUUCAUAGAGAUUUAAAAUUAGAAAAUAUAAUGUUAGUUAAUUAAGGAAAUACUUGGGUAUUUAAUAAUUUUAAUUAAGGUUAAAUUAAUAGAUUUUGGAUUAGCAGCAGUUACAGGAACUUAAAGAGAAACUGAAACUAUGAAUGUUGGAACUCUGCCCUAUAUGCCUCCAGAAGUUCUUAAUGGAAAACUUAAGUUUGUAUGUCCAUGUGUAGAUGUUUGGGGAGUUGGUGUUAUAAUGUACAGUCUUUUAUAUGGUAAAUUACCAUUUAAAGGAAGAACAAAUGAAGAUAAAGUUACUAACAUUCUCCAGUGUAAUUUCUAACAUGAAUCUAGUGUUUCAGAAGAUGCUAAAGAUCUUAUUAAUAAAAUAUUCGUACCUAAACAUAAUUAAAGAAUUUCGAUGCAAGAAAUUAUUGCUCAUAAAUGGAUAAGAGGAAAUGAAUAAAUACAUUUUAGUAGAUCACUUAAAAAAUCCUAAAAUCCUUAUUUGAAAAAUGCAAUAAAGAAAAAUGAUUUAAAUAACAGAAAAAGAAGCGUCUAUGAUGAAGAAAAAGUUAGAAUUUCUCUUCCACUUAUUCGAUAUAGAGCUAACUCUUAAAACACUCUUUUUUGA